CUGUAUUAGUAAUAAUUAUAAUGUUUUUAUUACCAGUGAUUUAUUGGAUUUAUUCAAAUGCAUUAAUUAUAUUGAUAUCUUUAUUCACAUAUAUUGUGUCAAAACAAAUAUAUAGUGAAUAUGAAAUGCGGAAAAAGUUACCGCCGGGUCCUAUGGGACUACCAUUUGUCGGUUAUCUACCCUUUCUUAAGGGCGAGCCCUCCAGAGUGUUCGUACAAUUGGCCAAAAAAUAUGGACCAGUUUUUGGCAUUCAAAUGGGUUGCUCUCCAGUAGUGGUUCUCAAUGACUGGCCGUCAAUAAAAGAGGCACUUUCUGACGAUACGGCUCUAUAUCGGCCUAAAGACAACUUCUUUAACUCAGCACUUCCUGCGGGAUUUGAAGCAAUAAGUGGUGACGAAUGGAAAGAACAGAAAAGAUUUACUUUACAUCAGUUAAGAAAUCUUGGUUUUGGGAAGAGUUCAAUGGAGGACCACAUCAUCGAUGAGAUCAAUCAUUUGUCACAACUCUUGGACACCAAAGAGGGGCAGGAAAUUGAGUUCAGGACUAUAUUCCCGAUUAGUGUCUCAAAUAAUAUCAAUUCCCUUAACUUUGGCCGACGUUUCGAGUAUACGGACAGCAGAGGAAAAGUUCUCGAGGAGUUCCUGAUACUGGACCCUAAUUUUAACUUAACAGGGUUAUUCGCAUUUUACCCCGUGGUGACUCGAUUCAUAUAUAAAUAUCUGCCAUUUAUUAUGCCUUCAUCUCUACGGAUUGUUAAGGAUAAGGUGAAGGCAGUGACAGAUAUUAUCAGAUCUGAAUACAAAACACAUGUGAAAACUAUUGAUAAAAACAAUAAUAGGGAUUAUUUGGACGCUUUUAUUUGUGAAAUGCAAAAGUUUGAAAAUGGCCAAGGUGAUGAUAUGCUGGAGGGAAAUAGCUUCUUGCUAAUCGGUGCGGGAGGUUCCACUAUAUUACAGAGCCUGGAGUGGGCGCUAUUGAUUUUGGCCACUAAUCCACAAAUACAACAACAGAUUCACAAAGAGAUCGAUGAAGUGAUUGGCAAAGAAAGGAGUCCUAAAACUUCUGACAAAAAUCAAAUGCCAUAUUUGCAGGCAUUUAUGUAUGAAGUUUGGAGUGCGUCUAAAGAUAUGGUAAUCUCAGGAUUCAAAAUACCAAAAGACACUCAAAUAAUGGCCAACUUUUGGGCCAUUGAUAACGACACAAAUCUAUGGGAAAAUCCAUCCGAAUUCAGACCCGAAAGGUUUCUCAGUGAGGAUAUGAAAACUUUCAAAAAACCCGAGCAUUUGAUCCCAUUUUCAUACGGGAAGAGGUCGUGUCCGGGAGAGGGCUUAGGAGUUGUGGAAGUGUUUCUAUAUCUGAGUUCUUUGCUUCAGAAAUACGACAUCAAAGCCAACCAUAAAACCGAUCGAAAGCUUGAAUACGAGUUUCAGUUCUCAAUCACUCCUAAACACAAUCCUGUUUUCAAUAUCACUAAAAGAUUACCGCCGGGUCCUCUGGGACUGCCAUUUGUCGGUUAUAUGCCUUUUCUUAAGGGCGAGCCCUCCAGAGUGUUCGUACAAUUGGCCAAAAAAUACGGACCAGUUUUUGGUCUACAAAUGGGUUCGUAUCCGGUGGUGGUUCUCAAUGACUGGCCGUCAAUAAAAGAGGCACUUUCUGACGAUACGGCUCUAUAUCGGUCUAAAGACAACUUAUUUAACUCAGCAUUAUAUCAGGGAUUUGUAUCAAUAAGUGGUGAUGAAUGGAAAGAGCAAAGAAGGUUUACUUUACAUCAGUUAAGAAAUCUUGGUUUCGGGAAGACAUCGAUGGAAGACCACAUCAUCGAUGAAAUCAAUCAUUUGUCACAACUCUUGGACACCAAAGAGGGGCAGGAAAUUGAGUUCAGGACUAUAUUCCCGAUUAGUGUCUUAAAUAAUAUCAAUUCCCUUAACUUUGGCCGACGUUUCGAGUAUACGGACAGCAGAAAGAAAGCGAUCGAUGAGUUCCUGACACUGGAUCCAAACAUUAACUUAACAGGUUUCUUGCUAUUUGGUGCCGGAGGUGCAACUGUAUUGCUGACCCUCGAGUGGUCGCUAUUGAUUUUGGCCACUAAUCCAGGAAUACAACAACAGAUACACAAAGAGAUCGAUGAAGUGAUUGGCAAAGAGAGGAGUCCUAAGUUUGCCGAUAGAAACCAAAUGCCAUAUUUGCAGGCAUUCAUUGCGUCCAAAGAUAUGGUAAUCUCAGGAUUCAAAAUACCAAAAGAUACUCAAAUAAUGGCCAACUUCUGGGCCAUUGAUAACGACCCAAAUCUAUGGGAAAAUCCAUCGGAAUUCAAACCCGAAAGGUUUCUCAGUGAGGAUAUGAAAACUUUCAAAAAACCCGAACAUUUGAUCCCAUUUUCAUACGGGAAGAGGUCGUGUCCGGGAGAGGGCUUAGGAGUUGUGGAAGUGUUUCUAUAUCUGAGUUCUUUGCUUCAGAAAUACGACAUCAAAGCCAACCAUAAAACCGAUCAAAAGCUUGAAUACGAGUUUCAGUUCUCAAUCACUCCUAAACACAAUCCGGUUUUUAUUAUCACUAAAAGACACAAAUAA